AUGUCCUACGGCUUGAUGGCUCUCGAUCUGCAUCGAAACAUGGCAAGAUGGGAGAACGAGGUGUUUCACGUCAUAGUGCACCCGUGGCCCGGAGAAUCGAAUCCCCGCCCAGAUCAGACAUUCCUUGCGAUUGACGCGAAGCCGCGACGUAUCGACGAGUUACACGAAGUACAUGAACUGGGAAUUCGUCAGGAGUUAGAGAAGCUUAAGGCUGAAGUGAAGGGAGACAAGCAACUGUGCGGUAUGGUGGUCAUAACGACGGACAUCGAGAGCAUGAUAUCUAUAACGUGGCCAAUUGCAUUCACCGACGUGUUGCCCGCAAUCCCUCCGGGAGUUGAUGCGGACGACUGGAAAGAACCUCUACUUAUCAAGUUAAAUUUUGGUAUGAUACCCAAGGGAAAUGGACUUAGCCCCGGCGUCCACUGGACCGCUUCCUUAUGGAUGGCUCAGAAAAAGUAUGAUGCAGUGUAUAAAAUGUCGCAAGCAACCGCUCUGGGACGGCGUAACCCUCUCCAAAGUAAAAGCUGCCAGAAAGCGGACUGGCCAGUGCAUAAAACCACAUGUUCGAAAUUUCGUGAUAUACUGCAAGCCGACGCCUCUGCGCCUGAAGACGCUAGGAUACAGAAGGCACUGCAUUUAUUCGCCAAUAAACACAAAUCCGUUCUAGGGACGUAUGGGGUGAUUGCUAUGGAUUUCCGAUUCGAUAUCACGCGAGGACUGCGUGAUGCUGUGGCCGUUUUCUUAAAGUACGUGCCGAACGAAAAGCGGACAGACCAGGCGUUUAAAGCGAUACACGCAGCGGUUGUACCCUUUGAACUCUUUGGGGUGGAAAGGGAAGAAUAUCUGCGCGAGGAGUCGCGCAAGCUUCACGAAGAGGUGAAGGGAACACGGACAAUUGGAUGCGUUUUGGUCGUUUGUUUCACUGUUGACUCAGGAUGGCAUGAAGACGCGAAAGAUGUGGAAGACUCGCUUGUGCAUCCUACGGCAGAGUUCAAAGAACCUCCAGAGGGAUGGACUCUCCCACCGUUCCCACCUCGAUGGGUGCCUCGUGGCAAUGUAUCUUACAGGGUGCUUGGAUUCCCACUUCGGUGGUCCGACUUCAUACGAUUUGCAGAGCAACACGAACUGGAGGUCGGUGAGCCGGAAUGGGAUAAAGCGUCCGCUGCAUUUUCGGACAUGAUGGAUUAUCUCGUCGACUACAAGUGUCAGUUUGCAGAGAUUGCCAUUGGGGACGCGGAAGUUCCGGUAAUCUUGGUUGCGGAUAACUCCAAAAUGAAACAUUUGAAGCAUCCCAAGGAAGCGAAGCGCAUUUAUUUCGUCCAGACGUAUUUGGGACUUAAGCGGCCGCCUGUCUGGUUGUUCCACCGUCAACGGAUGCGUGAUAACAUAAAACUUGAGAAAUGGUUUGAUGAAGAAGACGUCGAAAAUGAAGAACAUUCUCAACAAGAUGGCAAAACUGACCACGCACUAGAGAAAAUUGAAAACUCUGAGCAAGCCCCCCUUGGAAUCAGCUCGCAGAUUGACGAUGACAAAUCCAAGUGA